UGGAACAUCAUCGACGUUGGUCGCUUGGUCUUCCCAAUGGGAAUUUUGACCGUUGGCUCUCAUUUGGUCUUUCAUCAUUGCCAAACUAUCUUUCUCUGGUUUUAUGCAAUCUUCCAUCAAUAAGCAAUGACAGCACAGCUUCUGCCCUCUGUUGUUGCAGAUCCUUUUAGCACUCACUUACACAGAUCACCAAAUAUCUUCUCUAACCCACAUCCGACGUUCGAUGGAAGCUCUAAAAGCUCUCCGGCCUCCUUGGUCCCUUUCUUCGUCGGAUGCCAUCGUCAAGUAUCAUCCACUUCAUUUCUCACCGCUGCCUCGGCGCCUUUUCCCAGCAACGAUGAAAAUCAAGAUCCAUUGGGCGAUGGUGGUGUUCUCUCUACCAAACAUGCUAAAGAAGAGGCAGAGUCUACCGGGCCACAAUUCGUCUGUCACAAAAAGCGCUUAUCUACUGCAUCAUCCGCCUUUGUACACACAAUCAAAACAGCGAGUUUAAGCAACGCAAGUCUCAGCAUCCUCCCACGAUCCUCGAGGUUUGGAAGGUCAAAUGAUAGCUAUGGCAUGUUCAGCUCCAAUGCGAGACACUCAACAGACAGUGACCGCCCUGAUACGAGUGCAUCUGUCGAGGAAGCCGCGUUCCUCAGGGGGCUGAAGAGGCGACAGAUCCUUGCUGAACUCCUGGCUACUGAAGAAGGCUACAUUGCCGACCUGAAAGCACUCAUUUAUCUCUAUUCGACCCUCUUGGCGUCUACCAUGUCGAUAUCGAGCCCAGUGCGUUCUUCCAUGUUAAGAAACGUACACGACCUUCUCCAUAUGCACGAAAGGCUUCUGGAGCGUCUACAACAGGCCACCUAUGAAGCUGCAGUACGAAAAUGGACAGACACGACUUCCCCUCGAGAUCUUGGCUGGCCACAUGGACAUGAGCGUUGGCGGAGUGUGGAGUCCGCCCUCGUUACAAAGUUGACUCGAAGUCAUCGGCGCACCCGUAGCUCCAUCGACUCGUGUGAAGUGGGCCGUGGUCGAACGUAUCUGGGUUGCGCCGAGCCUAGAGAUGUGUCUGACAUUGCAUCCAUCUUCAAGGACUUUUCGAAAGACUUUUUCGCCUAUGAGGAGUACUGCGCAAACCAUAGCCUCAUUGCACAUGAAUUGCAAAGGCACGCACCAACACUUUGGACGACCUACGAGUCUGGCAUCGAGUCACUGUCUCGAUCUCUCAUCACCCUCGAUCAGAAACGCGAACAUAACAAGAAGGGACUCACUGUGGCUGACCUUCUCAUCAAGCCCAUUCAACGUGUGACAAAGUAUCCCCUUCUUUUUAACGAUCUCCUCAAACAGACACCUGUGUCCGACUGUCCAAGCACACAUAUCGAGAUUUCAGAGACCUUGAAAUGCUUGCGAGGUCUCGUCCAAUCUGUCAACCAGGCAACCGACAGCCACGAAACGCGGGCUCACGUACAACGUCGCUGGUCACUUCAGGCACGACUCAAGUACAACAAAGUCAAUCUGAAGCCUGAGCGAUUGCGUUCUCUGGGCAAUGUUCGGCUUUGUGGUGUUUUGCAUGUGGCCUGGCAGACAAAGAGCAAAAUCGAUAGCUGCUAUGCACUCUGCGUGCUGUUCGAAAGCACGCUGUUGGUGGCUGUCCCUGCUGGGACGAGUCCGUGCUUCGAAGUGAUAGCUUUGCUACAUCUCUCCGACGUGAGCAUUGCUUCUCCAAGUGAUGGGCGAGGUCUCCAAUGUCACUCGGCUCUGCAUACGUGGAAGAUAUGCUUUGAAGCAAACGGGCAUCUUCACGAAUUUAUCCUGAGUGCGUGCUCGGCCGUGGAGGAACAAACGUGGAAGGACAGCAUGCUGGACAAAGCGCUUAGCAACAGAAAUGCAUGCGAGCUUUCAACGGAGCUUCCUUCAUGUAUCGGUUUAGACCUACGGUCCAUCGGCACACUUUAUGGUUCACAAGCCUCCUCAUUGUCAAGACACCCUUCGGUUCAGAGAGCGGCAACUGUCGGCAACCGAGCCAAUAUAAGUCAAGUCAUCAUACGCAACACGAAUAACCCACAAGACCUCCACGAAUUCCGUCAGCCAUCCUCGUCGACGGUUAACAGAUCGCUGUCUCAUAUGACUUCCAAUCGCAUUGUCGUUUUGGCGCCCAAAAGGUCAGAAAGAGCAAGGCUCGAGUCGACUCUUGGGGACAUUUGGACGAAGGACAAAUUGCCAUAUCCUGGCAUGAUUGGAUCUCGCGGAGGUCAGAUCAUUCGAGCUUCAGCAGGCACGUUGGUGCGGAAACUGAGUCUGGCAUCCAUACAUGGACCGUUUUCUCGACGCUCAGGAAGUCCGUCGCUCUCAAGCCGGAAGUCAUAUGAAGCAUUCACGGAGAGUAGGCGAAGCAAAUCGAAGCAGUCAGCGCCCAUAUUCGAGGUACGCAAGGACAGUUUCGACGACACAGUGCAUGUCAAGAAGAAGUCGCAAGAUCUGCCGGAACUUGACACGAUGGAGAAUGUUGUCAGUCGUAUGAUCGGGAGUGGCACGAAGAGAUUAUCGUUCUCACAUGGGGACAACAAUGUGCUGAACAAAAACAGUAAGAGCAAGCGAGCAGGGCAGGACUUGGUGGCCGACGUAGGUCCUGAUGAUCCCGCCGAGGUCUUCUACUCUGAGGAGAAAGAGAAGUCGAGGAAACAUGGGGGUGUGCAAGAGGAUUCGAUAAGUGGCAAGAGGAAACGGUGGAGCAACCCGCUUGGGAUCUUGAAGGGUUUGUCGGCGGAAGGGUUCAGAAACAUGUUGUUAUCGAGCAAGUAGCGAUACGGCACGGAGCAAAAGAGGUAGGAAGUAGCGUACUUUAUUAGACAGUCAUACAUGAAGCUACCAUGACAUUCACAGUACUCCGACUGGAGGACCUUCAUGCUGCCUACCGUAUGUCAGUCUUUGGC